CAAGCAUCAGCGCAUCGCUCCACGACCUCCAUCACGCAGCUUAUCGAAAAAGACAACCUGCGAGCGCACGCUUCGAUUUCAAGCAAGACCUACGUCAUGACGGACAGCGCACCACCGAGCCAUGGCUACGAAGCCAUUGUAGAUAUGGGAAGCAAUGGAAUCCGAUUUUCCAUAACUGACCUCAGCCAAAAUAUCGCGCGCCUUCUCCAAACAGUGCAUCAAGAGCGAGUGGGAAUAUCUCUGUAUGAUGCCCAAUGGAAGAACGGCGAGCGAAGGCCCAUCCCGGAUGACACAAUCCAGCAGGUUGUUCAGGCGUUUCUGCGCUUCAAGAUGACCUGCGAAGACUUUGGUGUCGACGAGACCCGCAUCAGAGUGGUAGCUACGGAAGCUACGCGCGUUGCUGAAAAUUCCGAGCAAUUCCAGGCGGAGAUCAAGAAGGCCACUGGUUGGACUGUCGAGCUUUUGUCCAAGCAGGACGAAGGGAAGAUUGGUGCUUACGGCAUUGCCAGCAGUCUACGGGAGGUUCGUGGUUUGUGUAUGGACCUUGGCGGAGGCAGUACUCAACUGUCUUGGAUCUACACCAAAGACGGCGAGGUCCACACCACACCUUCGGCUGUCAGCAUGCCAUAUGGUGCCGCUGCUCUGACCCAGAACCCUCCACCACGAGAGGAAAUGAUCAAGAGCUUGAAAAUGGCUUACAAGAGUUUGGAGCUUCAUCCAGAGCUCAAAAAGGCACAAAAACAGGACAAUCUCAACCUUUACCUGUCUGGCGGUGGAUUCAGAGGAUGGGGGUUCGCGCUCAUGGACCAACACCCCGUGCGGCCAUAUCCAAUCCCCAUAAUCAACGGGUUCAGCGUCCCAGCAAGCAUUUUCCACAACACCAAUAAAAUCCUGAGCGUGCUGCAGGAUACUUCAGAAAAAGACGAGCCUUUGACGAUGCACCGCGUAUCAAAGCGUCGGAUUUCCCAAAUACCAGCCGUUGCGAGCCUCGUCUCUUGCGCCGCAGAAGCAUUGCCUUCUAUCAAAGACGUCUUUUUCUGCCAAGGAGGCGUACGAGAAGGUCUCAUCUUCUCUCAACUUUCGAACGAAACUCGCUCAAGGAGUCCAUUGGAGGAUGCUACAACUAACCUCAUUGGAAUUUCGUCAAAGAUCCCUCAAAACGCAGAGCACCAAUCCAACAUUGUCGACUUGUUCGAGAAGGCUACCAUCCAAUCAAAGUCUGCACCUUCGCAUCCCAUUUUCAGAAACAACUCGUUCCUCUCCUCGCUCACCCGAAUGUUGUACUUCCACUCUUCCCUGCCGAAAGACAUCCGCGCCGCUUCAGCACUGCAGUGCACAAUCACCGGUCCGUUGGCCGGGACAUACGGGAUUGACCACCACGAACGUGCCGCUUUCGCCAUUGCUCUCUGCGAGAGGCACGGCGGCCGCAAAGACCUGGACCCAGCUACUCUGGAGCUCUACGACCGGCUAAUCCAAGUGCUCCCAGACGACAUCAGAUGGUGGCUGAUGUUCUUGGGCCGGGUUGCAGCAGUCAUCGGCGUGCUUUACCCUGCGGGCAACAUUGCAAAUGGAAGCCAGAAUGCUGCAUCGAGGAUACAAAUCUCUGAUCGUGGAGAUGACGGGGACAAAGUCAAGUUGACUGUCAAGAUUCUGAAAGCGGUGGACUCGGAGGCGGUGGGUGAUGCAAUUGAUAAACUGGAAAAGCUUGGGAAGAAGAAGCAGUGGGGUCCAUUUGUGAGUGGUUACAAACUGGCUAUAAAGGUUACUAGUCUCGACGAGUAGAAAAGAUUAGCAGUGUCCUAGAUUCCUCAGUAGAGACCUACAACCGAGAACUACC